UUUGACGCGGAGCACAGAGCGCGUUGAAGCGCAUUACGAGCUGCCGCGCUCCACGAGACUUGAGCCACUUGCGCGUUGCGCAGCUCGCGCUCAUCAGCCGAGCGCUGUACGUACGGCGCCCGUUCUAUUUCCCGUUGUUUUGCGGUGCCCUUCGCGAAGCCGGCCAGCGACUGCAUGUUGGUGAACAUGUUUCCCCUCCUCGUCAGACGGUGGCCUCUUCAGCGUGGAGCACAGCUUGUGGAGACACUUCUGUGCUGCCAGUUCCACACCAAAAGUCCUGUGCUUCGUUCCACUGCAUAUGCCCUCAAUGCUGAGGAGGCUAGCCAAGCCACCGACCUUGUGGAGAAUCGGCUGAGGUUGUCUACAUGCAGCGCCCUCUACCAAGAGUGGCGAAAGGCUCGACGAGAGUACCGAAACGCCCCUACAGACGGCAUAGAAGUGGACGUGGACUUUGUUUGCUCGGCGAUGAAUGCUGACCAGAGCAGCUUUGUUGAGACGGGGCGGCCCCUGGCAGUUCUGCUGCAUGGUGCCCCAGGAAGCUACCGCGACUUCUCCGAGAACCUGACUCCCCGACUCAUGGGACGUGGCGUGGAUGUCCUGGCUCCAAAUUUCCCCGACAUGGCCUUCAGCCUGCGCAACAAGUUCUACUGGCACACGGUUGAAGAGCGGACAGCUUUGCUCAGGGACUUCUUCAAGAAACUCGGGGUUCGCAGGAUCGACACGCUAGUUUCCCACAGUGCAUCCAUCUACCCAAGCCUCCGGCUGCUUCUGGAGGACAGCGAUGGCCCCAAGAUCGACUCCCUGGUCCUGCUGGCGCCAAACUCGCAUGUUGCACCCAACCUCCUGAAGCCGCUCUGGGUGACUGAGUGUAUGAUCCAGGCGUACCGUUCCUCUCUGCUGCGCCCUCUUGUGUCUGCAUUGGUGCUCUUCAUGAGCUACUCGGGAAUCGUGCCUGUCAAGCCUGUGGUGCAGGACAUCUUACUCUCACUCACCACGUACAAGUGGUCAGGCUUUGACAAGGAUGGCGAGAGGCUUCUGGAGGCUGUGGCUCGCAAGCAGAUCCCUACUGUGGUGGCAAUCAGUGAGAAUGACCGCCUCCUCUCGUACAACGUCCUCAUGGCUGUCUGCACCGUGCUCGGGGCAUCUCCCGAGGACCUCUGGCGUUAUGGCAAGAUGGGCCAGCUGCUGGCGACUGGCACUUCUGGGAGUUGGCUAAAGGUGCUAAGCUUUGAAAAUGGCACCCACUACCCAUUUGUUCGGCACCCAGACAUCUGCGCUGACGAGAUCGUCCACCUGCUGCAGAGAACUGGUGCCCUGCGUUGAAUGAAUGCGAGUGACGAAGAUGACCAGAGUUCUUCUAAGGCAGCUGUAUUUUGACUUGCUCCCCACUCUCAAUAAGACUCUUUAGCAAAGUUCAUUAUAAAGAGCAUCUCAGGAAUGCGUCAGCUGAA